CUGAAAGAAUGUAAGAUCAUGAAAGGCCUUCCACAAACUGCCGUGUGCAACCUGAACAUCACGCUUCCCGCAGUGAAAAAGGAAACGGAGUCAGAUGCCGAGGAUGAGACUGAAAAGCCAGAUCGACAACGUCAUACCUUUGCAUCCCUAGCCUUACGUAAGCGCUACAGCUAUCUGGCCGAGCCUGCACUGACAGUUGAACGAAGCGCAGCAACAAGAGCAUUGCCUGCUGGUUACCCUCACAAACCUAUCUUUCCAACCAGACCUUGCCCACCAUGGUCGACUGCUCCUAUUACCGUCCCUGGCCAAACAAGGCCCGUCGGAAUGGGGGGUGCCCUCAUCUCUACCGAUUCACCGGCAGCCUCACCAGCUGCUUCUCCACUAAAAUCUACUUGGCCCCUCUCAGCCCCAUCAGCUGCAUGUCCCACAACUAUAAAAGUUCCACCAGCACUUGCCCUGUCAUCCCCAGUCAAAUCUGCCAGUGACAUAGCGUCCUCAUCCCCCAUCCGUUCUUACAGGACUAUGCCCUCACCCAUUAAAACUGUAGUCCAGCAGGGUCAGUACCCUGUCCAGGGAUCUACCAGCCUUGUGUCCUCUGGAAGUCCAUGCAAACCUGCCACUGAUCCAGCUUCUAUCAAAAGUCUUGCUUCAGCAUAUACAUCAAGGACUUCUCCACUUCACUCAAUGCCCAAUGGUUAUAUACCAGAAAGGUCUCCAGCUCCUGUUCCUUCUACAGCAUCACCAAAGACAUCGUACAGCAUGUACAGUUCUAAUCUACCUUUUAAAACUGCCCUUGGGUCCACAGUUGUGACAGAUGCAGGGGCGCAUACCCUGUCUUCUGUUAAAAGCAUCUCCAGUCUGUCCUCUUUGAAAACUUCUGUAGACUCAACACUCUCAUCCCGUGGAGGGAGGACAUCCAUCUCAUCUCUCUCUUCCGGUGGCCAAACAACCAUUGCUUCUUCAGAAUUGUCCAUGAUGAAUGGAUCUGUCUCACCUGUAAAAUAUCCAUCCUCUUCGUCCACUCCAUCCUCCCCUUCUUCACGCCUUAUUUCAGAGAGAAGUAGCAGCCUUCAAGAGAGGAUCCUGGCCACCACCCAGGCAGCAACCUCUGGUGUCAGUGCAGCCAUAAAUGAGGCUAUAGACUCGUACUCUGUCUCAGGCUAUGGCACUCUUAAGUCACUGUCGUCCUCGCGUAGAUCUGCAACAGCAAGCUCUGCUUAUGGUUCUCUGAGAUCUGUAGCUGCCUCCCCAAACACGGCAUUGUCUAAUACAAUGACUGUGCCUGUCUAUUCACUGGUUAAUGUCAUCCCAGAGACCCCUGCCAAACCAGGACCUGGGUCUCUUAAGAUGGCUCUUCCCGACUCCUCUCGCACCUCAUCAUCUCCAUCUUCCUCUUUGUCUUCCUGUAUUACUACAACAAAAAUAAAUUCCCAGUUAAAAUCCCCUCCAUUUAUUACACCACCCAUUAUCCACCCGACUGCAGCUUCUAACCAGGAGAUAUUGAAAGAUGUAGCAGACAUGAAACAAGAUCUGAUUAGGAUGACAGCUAUUCUGCAGACAGACACACAGACUGCAGCUAAAACUGUCCAAACCUCACAUACUGGCACUCCCAAAGAGACUAAGUUAGAGGAAGAGGAGCCAUAUACUCUAGUGGAGAAAGUAAAAGAAGAUUUAGUCAAAGUCAGUGAGAUAUUACAGAAAGAUAUCAUUGGUGAAGCUAAAGAAAGAGCCUCAGAGGACGAAUGGGAAGAAUUUUCCAAAGAUGAGAUUGAAGAGGCACAAAGAAGUGCCAUCUCAGACUAUUACCCUCCUUUUGACGAACACACACUUUUACUUAAGCACCAGUCAAGCAAAGAGUUAGACUUGGCUAAAGUAGUAGACUUUUUAACAAAUGAUAUCGGUGCUAGCUCUCUCUCAAAAAUGGCAGAGCUGAAAUGUAAGUAUGAGGAAGAGGCAAAAAGAGAUGGGGAAGAGAAACAGAAACGUGUUCUCAAGCCAUCCAUGUCAAUACAGGAGCACAAACUCAAAAUGCCUCCGCCAGUUUCAGGCAUGCUCAGAUCUCCCUCAGAGAAGGACCUAAGCAAACUUGCUGAGUCAUAUCAAGGGCCGGACACUAUAUUGGAAUCGCCAGAGGAUCUGUCUCAUGAGCAGGAUAAGAGUCCUCUGUCAGACAGUGGGUUUGAGACCAGGAGUGAAAAGACACCCUCUGCUCCCCAAAGUGCAGAGAGCACAGGACCUAAGCCUUUAUUCACAGAUUCCCCUAUCCCCCCCUGCGUAACAGAGACCAGGACUGAAGUAGUCCAUAUUAGGAGCUAUGAGCAGCCUGACGAGCUUUGUGAGCCUGGACUAAUGGAAGAGGCUGCAACUGCUCUCCCUGCCAUAGAACCACCUGAAGCAAUUUCAGCAAGCUCCAGCAAAGCCCUACAGAUGAAAAUGCCCGAAGAUGACUCAAUGAAAAGCAUGUGUCUUAAAGAGGAAACCCACAUUACUACUACUACCAGAAUGGUCUAUCAUAAGCCCCAACUGACUGAUGGUGCAGAGAUGUUAGAGGAGGCAAUGUCAGUUAGAGAUAUCAUGAAAGCUUUCCAGUCAGGUAGGGAUCCAUCUAAAGAUUUCGCAGGCCUUUUUGAACACAAAGCUAGCCAGGAUUCUGUCAAAGGUGAUGAGCUCACUCCUAGAUUUCUUGACAGAGAUGUUAAAUCCAAACCCAAAGUUGAAAGGAUAAUUGAGGUUCAUAUUGAGAAGGGCCACAGCACUGCAGAACCGACUGAGGUCAUUAUCAGGGAAACCAAGAAACACCCCGAGCUUUAUGUUUACAAAGGUGAUCGGGGGAUAAAGGAACUGACUGAUUAUGAUGAAGCCCAACAAGAAGAAGAGGAGCUUGCUGUUGAAGAAUCCCUGCCCACCUUUCUGGAAACAUCUCGUGUUAAUACUCCGGUGUCACAGGAAGAAGACAGUCGUCCGAGUUCUGCUCAACUCAUAGCAGAUGAUUCAUAUAAAGCACUUAAAUUUUUGAGCCAGCAGUCCAUAGAAUACUGUGAUGAUGAGCUAUCAGAGAUCCGAGGCGAGUCGUACAGGUUUGCUGAGAAAAUGCUUCUCUCUGAAAAACUUGAUGCGGCAUCACUGAGCCACUCUGACACAGAGGAUUCAGCACUGUUUUGUGACAAAAUCCGCCACCUGGGUACUGAAGAAAGUAGUAGCCGUAGCACUGAGGGUGCAAGUCAACAGCAAGGAAGCCCCAAAAGAGAGUUUGUCUCAAAGUCAUCAAAAGAUGGGUCUCCUAAAUCUGCUAAAUUCCUGCACAGGGAUGAUCCAUCUCAGUUUGAUAAGGUAACAGUGCUCCAUUACUCCACAGAACAGGGCAGCCCUAAACAUGCAGUUUGGAUGCGUUUUACAGAGGAUAAACAUGACAGGAGCAGGGAUAAGUUAAUUUAUGAGGAUAGGGUGGACCAAACUGUAAAGGAAGCUGAAGAAAAACUCAGUGAGGUCUCACAGUUCUUCCGUGAUAAAACGGAAAAGCUCAAUGAUGAGCUUCAGUCUCCUGAGAAAAAACCUAUAAAGCGAGAGCUCAAGGAUCCCAGGUCCUGGCCUAGCUCACCCAGCAGCAGCCCAGAGAAAACCCAGCAGAAACCCAAAGCAGAAGAGGUGUUCAGUAAAAGCAAACUCAGGGAGCCUUCAGUUGGUAAAAUGUUUGGCAGCACCACAGCAGCUGAAAAGAAAAGCUCUAGUCUACCAAGCAGCCCACAGAAAACUGUUCUCUCUCAUACUAGUGAGGAUAAAAUCAAACAACAGACAAAGUCCUGUGUGUCUGAACCCUCCUCUCCUGCUCAUGUAAAAUCAACAUCCAAAGUGAGUGAAGUGAGAAAGAAGUUUGAAUUGGAGGCUCAAAAAGUUAGUCAAAGUCAGUCUAGUCCAGCCAAAAUUCCUCCUCCAGUACAGCCAAAACCGUCAAUAAAGAAAUUGCAGGAGAGCAAACUUCCCGUUUAUCAGUUUUUUGCAGGAGGAAAAGUGUCAAAAGCAUCUGAAACUUCAGAAGAAGUAAGCCCAAAAAAGGAUGCUGAGAAGGACAAAAAUGGAAGUAAACCUGGUUUGAUAUCAGCAUGCCCAAAAGUCCCCAAACUAGACAAGCCACCUAACAAAAACAUCCCAGAUGCCUCUGUACAAAUCAGUGAAACAAAGACAGACAAAGUAAGCACUAAAGGGAAGGAUAGGCCAUCCAGUGCAACUCAGCCAACUAAAGAAAGCAAUAAAAGUCAGAAAGCUCAAUCACCUAUAAAUCCUGACAGUGCUAAAAUUCCAGAAAAAGCCACUGACAGUAAAAAAUACCAACAAGUUACAAAAAGUGAAAGUGCUUCCAAAGAAAUUAUAACUGAGCUAUUCAAAAAGGAUGCAGAGGAAACACUAAAUAAAAAUCUUAGAAAAAAGACAGAAUCUCAAAUUCCUGUUAGAAAUACAUCCCUCUCUUUAGAUAAUGACCUCACUAAGAAACCAACAAUAACUAGACCCUCACAGAUACCAACACUACCUAAAACCAAAGUACAAAGUCAUGAGACAGUCCCAGCCAAAACAGAUCUAACCUUUGAAAUUCUUGAUAAUGCACCCAAAGAUUCAAAUUCCAAUAACCUUCCUAGCCCCAGAGAAAUGUUGGAGAAAGCCAUUACACCUCCAGCUGCUACAACAACCAGAGAGAACUUCAAGGGCAUAAAAACAUUACCUGUUUAUGUUGGCGUUCAGGUGGGUAGACAGGCAGAGAGGGAAGCUAAAGGAGCACUGUACAAUGUCAAACAAAAAUCAAACUUAGCUCUAAGCCCCAUAAGCCCAGAUGAUGACACGCUAGAGCAGGUUUCUUUCUUUGACAGCUCGGGAAAAAGUCCCAUUACACCAGAGACUCCCAGCUCGGAGGAGGUCAGCUAUGAUCUCACAUGCAGGACCCCUGAUGGCUUUAUGGGAUUCUUGCCAGGGAAACCAAGCCCCAUCAUGGAGGUAUCUGAGGAAUCAGAGGGAGAUGACCAGGGCAAGGUUUUCUCUUUUAAAGAGGCCCUACCAGAAAGUAAAACCAGCAUUUACUCUACCCAAGCAGACAUAGCUAAUGCCAAUAAGGAAGAAAUAAAAACUGAUAAUCAACACGAGUUGAGCGUCAGCAAUUUAAACCAACAUGAAAGAGUCACUGGCAUGCAUGACGAAAUAACAGGACAGGAGAAGCAACAAGCAUCAAAAGACAAAGGUAUUGCAUAUAUUGAGUUCCCUCCCCCUCCUCCUCUGGACUCAAGUUCAGAAAUGUCAGACCCAGAGAGAAAAGGUUCCUGUGCUUCUUCCGAGACCGAGACGGAAAUGAUGGAGGUGAAUUUGCAGGAAGAACAUGACAAGCAUUUCCUGGUCGAGCCAAUUAUACGAAUACAGCCCCCAUCCCCAGUGCCCCCUGAGGCAGAUGACAGUCAGUCAAAUGCUGAUGAAGAGGAUGAUGAAUCAAUCUUCCAACCCAUUCCUUGCAAGAAAUUCACUUCUAAAGUUUCUGAAGAGGAGGACAAAAAGAAAGAGAAGGAAAAGGCAUCCAAAUCAAAAAAACAUGACAAAAAUGGAAAUGGGCCCAAUGGUGGCACCAAUGGCACUAAUGGUUCUAGUAAUGGUUCAAAAGUUUCAAAUGGCAAAGGAGAGGACUAUGAAUGUGAACAAAAUGGAAAUGACCAGUCAAUUACAGACUGUUCAAUUGCUACCACGGCUGAAUUUUCCCAUGACACUGAUGCGACAGAAAUAGACUCCCUCGAUGGAUAUGAACUCCAAGAUGAGGAUGAUGGCCUGUGCGAGCAGGCAGACUUACGGCUGUUUGGUCUUCCAGACAGCCGGAGAGAUGUCUGGGCAACAGAUACAUUUAGGUCCUCUGAUCGCUCUUUUCCCCAGACUAAACUGGAGGUUAUUGAAGAGGAAAAAACCCCAGAGGAAUGUCAAAAGGAUAUUUUUGUUAAAGAGAUACCCUCAAAUGGUGAAAAGACUGAUGGUGUUAGUAAAGAUGGAGCUAAAAUUCAGGAACAAAAACAUUCAGACAAAGAGGGGUUUUCAGACACUUACUUUAGUUAUAAGAUAGAAGAGGAGUUUAAUUCUCCUUUUAAGACUGUUGCCACCAAAGGGCUGGACUUUGACCCUUGGCCCAGUAAAGGUGGAGAAGAAGUCGUUGAUAUGGGAGGGACACGGGGAAACAAUGGUGAGCCUAAGCCUUUUGGACUGGCAGUCGACGACCAGUCCCAGGCCACAACACCAGACACUACCCCAGCCCGAACUCCAACGGAUGAUAGCACGCCGACGAGCGAGCCAAAUCCAUUCCCCUUCCAUGAAGGGAAGAUGUUUGAGAUGACACGCAGUGGUGCGAUUGACAUGAGCAAGAGGGACAUGGUGGAGGAGAGGCUCCAGUUUUUUCAGAUUGGCCCUCACAGUCCCUGUGAGAGAACAGACCUCCGCAUGGCGAUAGUAGCUGACCACCUUGGACUCAGUUGGACUGAGCUGGCCAGGGAGCUGGAUUUCUCUGUGGAUGAGAUCAACUUGAUCAGAGUGGAAAACCCCAAUUCCCUGACGGCACAGAGCUUCAUGCUCCUAAAGAAAUGGGUGCACAGGGACGGUAAAAAUGCCACAACGGAUGCUUUAACCGCGGUGCUGACUAAGAUCAAUCGGUUGGAUAUUGUGACUUUGCUGGAAGGGCCCAUAUUUGACUACGGUAACAUUUCAGGCACACGCUGCUUUGCCGAUGAUAACGCAGUAUUCCCGGAUCAGUCCGAUGGCUACGACAAUAUAGAUCUGGAGCUCCAAACCCCCUCAGACCUCAACUACGUGCCCCCAACCCCACUGCGCUCAGACGACUUCUUUAGCGAGGGCGAUCCUUUAGUAGAGUCCCAUAACAAGUCCAUGCUUGCUAGACCUAGCGACCUCUCUCUCACUCAGACCACCAGCACCUCCAGCAGCGACCCCCUCACAGUGGCCCCGGGUCCAGGCUCCACUGCCACAGAGCUACCCAUUGCUGGGCCUGAAGAUGCAGAAACUGAGAUGUUUACUGAAGAAAAAACAGGAUUGGUGUGUGUAGAGAGGCCAGAUAAUGACAGACGGUUGGUAGAGCAAUCAGGAAAGGAGACAGAAGAAGUAAAAGCAGGAGACCAUCUUGUUUUGGAGAGUCAGGGAGGGGCCGUAAAAGAGAAGGCUACCACAGACACUGGUCUUGGAAAUGGAGUGGAGGAAGAAGAGGAGGAGGAAAUGACGCAGGAGAGGUUGCAGAGUCUGCUGGAGGAUAUAAAGCUGGAAGAGGGCAUGGAGGAAGAGGAGGUGUCAGAGGAGCUUGUGAAUGCCAUCCUUGAACAAGUACGGAAAGCAGAAAAAGACAUUUAUUCAGUUCCAGGCAGGAGCAGUGAGACGUCUGGCGCAAUCGGGGAGUCAGCAGCCCCUGGCCCCAGCCCAGGCUCUGAGAAGGGCAGCCCCGACAGUCUAGCUGAUUCGCUAGAGGAGCCUCAGGUUCAGACCAACAAACAGAAUGGAGGUCAGACUGAAGCAGCCAGGGAAGGGAUGGAAAAGGUGCCCAGGAGGAAGGAAUCCCAGGAGGACAGCAGCACAGCGGGACCAAGCAGAGGAGACAAGGACGGAGGCAACAGGUCCCAGCACAAAGUCCAGGAGAGUGUUAGAGAGAAGGAGUCCGACUCCGAUGAGGAGACCACUGUCACUACCAGGGUGAUACGCAGACGGGUUGUACUCAAGGGAGAGGAGGCCAGAAACAUUCCUGGAGAUUCUGUGACAGAGGAGCAGUUCAUAGAUGAAGAUGGGAAUCUGGUCACCAGAAAAGUGAUCAGAAAGGUUGUACGCAGAGUGUUCAGCUCAGAGGAAAGGAGGCAAAGUGAAGGCGAAUUUAUUGCAGCAGAAGAACCUGCUGCUGCUGGUGGGGGAGGUGUUGGUGGUGGUGUAGCCUCAGGUGGAGCUGACACUGCUUCUUCAUCAGGAGCGGCAGCAAGAGCCACGGGGGGGAAGGGCAAGAAGAAGGGGAAGCGCUCCCGACACGGCCACAAGGAGGAGCCUCAAAGAGUGAAAGCUGAGCCUGGAGACGGUGCCAACAAGAAACCAGGGAGGAAGAGUCAUUCUUAACAGUAGAGCUCUCAACUACAACUGGUCCAUGGACCCCCACACAUGACCCUGGGAGGAAAAACAGACCGGAGCCAAUGAAACCGGGAGCCAACACGUGUCUGAAGCUUUCGCUUUACAACGCAUGGUUUUCAGCAAGACAACACGUUACUUUUCUUUGAUUUCGCAUGAGCAUGUCACCAAACUCACUCACUGUUGGAAAACAACACCGAAGGACACGCAUGGACGUGAGCUGGAAACUUCUUUAAUCUUUGGCAAAUGAAAGGCGUCUGUGACCAAAGACGGCACAAACAGCGGGGGAAAAGACUUCACUCUCUCAGACACUCGCCUUGUAUGGCUUUAUUUUUUCCUCCUGCACUCACAGUAUCGGGGUGCACCAUGUGGUUCUUUUAUAAAACAAAACAAAGGAGAUAUAAUAGUACCUGGGUGUUUUUGUUGUACAUAAAUGACACUGUAUAAAAUCUUUAAAAAAAAGAAUUGGUAGCUUCACAGAUUGUUUAUGCACUGAUUUGAGUUGAUGAAGCUUUGCAGAGCCAGUGCAUUUGUAUUGAGAGGUCGACACUUUUCGUGCAGCCUGGAGUGUGUCUUCUGACGUGCUCUUCCCAAAUAUAAAAAGGAACAAAAAAAAGCUGUAUGUGAAUAAAACGAAUGGAGAAAAAAAUGCUUGAUUUUCAACAGAGGACAUUUUCUUUAAAGACAACAGCUACUCUGCUCUGUCUGAGGGACAUUCUUCAGAGAAAUGAUAUUUUGCUGCAUGUUAUGUCACUUUAUUUUUAACGCUUUCCUUUCUUUCUCUUAAUUCAAAGCACUGUAAUACAACUUAGAGAGGGUGUGAUGGUACUUCUGUCUGUGUGAGCACUCAUAGUAACCCAAACAUCUUUCAUCUAUAACUGUUUUGUUUUUUUAUUUAUUUUCUUUUUCUUUUUUUUUACAAAUGAAAUGACACUCCACAUCCUAGUGGCGAGAUAGUACAGCAUCCUUCUUAUGCAACAGGAAAGUACUGACACUGUCCAAUGCAUCUUUCAGACUAGCACAUUGUUAGCUCUAGACCGCUAGCAACGCUGUGUGUGUGUGUGUGCGUUUGUCUGUGUGCGCGCGUGUGUGUUUAACAUUAGGAAAAAAAUCCAUGCAUACUAGAAGUGUAUGUUUAAACUUUUAGUUCUACUGUGGUUUUUAAAAGGGGACUUUUACGUUGAUGAUUUUUAUCCUGUUUAUUUGCUUCUAUUUACACGAGAACAGAGAAUCUCAUUUUUAGCCCCAUCGCUCAAAUCUAAAUCUUUAUAAUUACACACAAAUCACUGUCAGUUAUUAAAAAUGCGACUUUCUGUUCAUGUGUAAAUUGUUUUUCUGUUGUGUUUUUUUUUCUCAUAUGAAUCCACCCUAAGCAUCCAUUGUUGAUAAUAAAUCUGGUACCGACAUGUAUGACAAACCAACAUAGCCUACACUGGAUGAUCCAAGUAAUUAUUUAAGCAGAAAAAUAAAUUGUGUUUAAACUGAA